AGUCUCGAUGUAAAAUGAUACUGAUUAUUAACCUCCGAGAGAUAUUAUGUACUUACAUGUACUUUAACAGAACUAGCGACCUUUAUCAGUCGCUUACAUAACUACUUGGGUUUGCGGGACGAUAUUUAUACCUUGUAUCACUGCAUAGGUGUAAGUAUAAUGUAAAUGAGUGAAUCUGAUCGCUAUUAUAAAAGUGAACGUGUUACGAUAAAACAUAUAUUUGUAAAAAAAACACAUAAAAUUAUAAGAAAACGUUUGCAUGUUUCGGAAUACGGAUAUUAUUUAUUUUUCAAAACACUUGGAUAACCGACAAAAGACUCAUAGUGUUUUAGAAAUGGGAUAUGAAAAAGGAACUACAGCAAAACGUCAAACUGUAACGCUUAUUAUCGAAGGAGAAAAACUGUGUGCAUACAGAGAAGAAUUGAUUAAUGUUUCUCCAGUUUUUAGGAAAAUGCUAAGCUCAAAAUUUAAAGAAACACAUUCAGGUGAAAUUGAAUUUCCAGGGAAGAGUAUGCUACCAUUUAAGUGUUUCAUGGAAUGUUUGCAACGCGGACCUUCAUCUAACGUCACAGAUGAGAACGUCCAUGACAUACUACCACUUGCUCAUGAAUAUCAGACCGAGGAUUUGCUCAGUGAAAUUGACUCUUUAUUAGCUCUGAUAAGUGUACAGGACGAUCAUAAGAUGUCUCCUUCUGACGUCAUCUAUAACAUCGUAGAGGCAGAAAUGUACGGGUUAAAACGAUAUCUUGACAUUAAUAUAGAUAUCGCAUCAAAAGAGAGAUACAUACCAGCUUUACUAGAACCCGGAUUUAAAUUCAUCUCUAAUCACAGUAAAACAAUAAUGUCAGAAAAACAUUGGGAUUAUAAGGAUAAAACCUAUCACAACUUACAUCUAAUCUCCGUAUAGUGUUUAUUCCAAACACAUUACGAUUAUAACUUGAAAUGGACACUUACUACUUUUUUAUCACGCGAAAAAGAAAAACAAACGGAGAUGCUCUAUAAUACUUUUCAGGA